CACUCCCCUGUCCUCUAAAAAUGGUAUGGUCGCCAGCUCAAAUUCCGAGAAUUGAGCUCUCCUGAUUCUUAGAACUGGGGUUCUUAGAAGUGGUGAUGCAAGAAGUUUCUAGGAAAGCACUACCAGAUCUCGAAAAAAUGGCUUGUGCAGCCGACAGCUGCAUCCAAUUCACGCGUCAUGCAAGUGAUGUUCUGCUCAACCUGAACCGACUGCGUAGCAGAGAUAUCCUCACAGAUGUCACGAUUCUGGUCAACAGACAACAGUUUCGAGCGCACAAAACAGUCCUUAUGGCAUGCAGUGGGCUCUUCUACUCAAUCUUUACCGAUUCACACAAAUGUAACCUGAACGCCAUCAGUCUGGACCCAAAGGUUGACCCAGAGGGUUUCGCAAUCCUUCUGGAGUUUAUGUACACUUCACGUCUCACACUGAAGGAGAGCCUUAUCAUGGCCAUCAUGAACACAGCCAUCUACUUACAGAUGGACCACGUUGUCGACACCUGCCACAGAUUCAUAAAGUCCAGUGACUCCUCCAUCAAACUUCCCAGAGAGGAUUUUCUGGUCAGCCCCCUGCUUUUACCUCAAGACGUUCACAGUUACAGACCCCAUGAGAUGAUGGAUAAUGUUUCUGGACGGGCAGCGACUUUCAGAGAUGGGAGACCUUAUGGUGUUUGCAUGUUUAACGGGGUCAACGCUCCUAACAGCUCAUACCUGUACAGCCAGUUUCCCAUGCAAGGUUUCCCUUUUCCUCUUUGCAAGCUUACAGACACCAAAAACACUUUCUCAGACUUCUCAAAGGGAGGCAUCAUCCAUCACAAACACUGCUCUCCGGUUGACGGUAACAACUCUGUGCUGGCCGACUUCACCCGCAGCACCACCAGCGGGAGCACAACAGCUUGCCACGCAGGCUCGUACUCCUCAAGGGAGCUGGGAAGAGAUGCAGAAAUGAAGCAGGAGACCUUGGAGGGAGUGGUUCAUUCGAUCGGGAUGAGCUCCAGGAAACAUGGCUUCACAAGCCUGGCCCAAGAGCAGCAGAGAGAGACUGGGAAAGAGCAGAGUUCCCUGGCAGAGGAACAUUUGAGCCACCAACACUACUCCAUGGGCAUAUCCUCCAAUGGACGCAAAACCCUGAUGAGCAGCCCUCAGAGCCCCCUCAAAUCAGACUGCCAGCCCAAUUCCCCGACGGAAUCGAGCAGCAGCAAAAACGCCGCCCUCGCGCAAGCCUCGCAACCUCCAACCUCUCAAGGUACACAAGACCCUAAAGCUCGCAACUGGAAGAAAUACAAGUUCAUUGUGCUCAAUCAGAGCUCCAAGGAGGAGGACACCAAUCCACGUGACCCUGGAAUGCACUCCCCACCAAGGUCGGGCUUAUCUGCUUUCCUUCACCACGUUGACUCUGAACAUCCCGACUCGAAGGCAACGACAAAGAUUAGCGAGCAAGGCGAGGACUUCACUGUGCCUCAGGCCAGUCGCCUGAACAACAUAAUCAACAGAACUCUGGAGGGAUCGCAGAGGAACAGCGACAGCCACUCUUCUCUGUAUAUGAGCCAUUUAAAGUGCUCGUCCUGCGGCUCCCAGUCUCCACAGCACUCUGACAUCUGUCCCAACACGUCCGCCUCACGUCUGGCCGAGGAGAUGUCUGAGAUGCACUCCGAGUACUCUGAUUCCAGCUGUGAAAAUGGAACAUACUUCUGUAAUGAAUGCGACUCCAAGUUUGCAGAGGAGGAAGCCUUGAAACGCCACACGCUUCAGGUCCACAGCGACAAGCCAUACAAAUGUGACCGUUGCCAAGCUGCAUUCCGCUACAAGGGAAACCUUGCCAGUCACAAAACAGUUCACACCGGAGAGAAACCAUAUAGAUGCAAUAUCUGCGGGGCUCAAUUCAACAGACCAGCAAACCUCAAAACCCACACACGGAUUCACUCAGGAGAAAAGCCAUACAAGUGUGAGACAUGUGGCGCUAGAUUUGUGCAGGUCGCUCACCUUCGGGCUCACGUUCUGAUUCAUACCGGAGAGAAGCCAUAUCCAUGCGAGAUCUGUGGCACUCGUUUCCGCCAUUUGCAGACACUGAAAAGCCACCUGCGAAUACACACAGGAGAAAAGCCCUAUCAUUGUGAGAAAUGCAACUUGCAUUUUCGCCACAAGAGUCAGCUGCGGUUACACCUCCGGCAGAAGCAUGGCGCCAUCACCAAUACCAAGAUCCAAUAUCGCAUGUCCUCGACAGACCUACCGACCGACUUGACGAAGGCAUGCUGAGCAGGCACUUUGGGGCAGACCUGACCAUGGCAUUAUAUGACCUGACUUGUACAAUCAUUCAAAAUUUUAGUGCCACACUGUGUUAUUCGGACAAGAAAAAAAAAAACUGGCAUGAAAUGCCAGUCUAAACGGGUUUCCUCUACAUUUGAACAUAGAACCACAAUAUGGUCUCUUGUAGUCACUUUAUUGUUUAUAUUUACAUAUGAAUAUAUAUAUUAAUGUUGGGAGCGUUUUUACAAUUUGAGUUAUAAAAAAGCUUUAUUUUGUUGGAAGAAGGAUGGAAUGUAAAACAUUUAAAUCCGGUUUUUGAAAAUACAGUAUUUUCUAAUGAAAAACAAAACAAAACAUACUUUUCUGAAGGUAUUGGGGAUUUUGAUCGAAGUUGGAAGUCAAACGCAUUUCUCGCAAAGAAUUGUGUGUCUAUAGAUUUUUAUAUAUAAAUGUACAGGUUACACUAUGUUGGAACGACCUCUGUCUUAUAAGAGGAACUCCUAACUGUGACUAUAGCAUUGAAUAUCUUACUUGGUUUUUGUUGUGUACUUUUGAGAAUGAUGGCUGCUCUCUCAAAUGGAAAACAUUGCAUGAGGUGGGUUGCCGCUGAUAAACUUUCACUAUGUAGGUAACUGCAUAAAUAUUGUGACAAAGUGUAAUUACUUUACAUCAAGAUUGCUCUCUGCUGGCAGAGCCGAUCUGGAAUUACAUGGUAACAUAUGCAUUCAAAAGUAAUAAUAAUGAUAAUAAUAAAAAAAAAAGAAAAAAAAGAAAAAAGAAAAGGUACUGCUAUGUUAUGACCAAGGAGAUAUUUUGCUUCAGAUGUAUUUGUAUAGAAACGUGACUUUUUAUUUCUUUUGGCAAGUGAAGGUUUACAGUUUUGUUGUUGUUCUAAAAGCUACAGUAAAAGGUUAUACUAUUGUCUUUAUUUUCUUUUUGUCUGUGUAUACACUGUGUACUCAAGGUGCCUUUCUCAAUGGUGUCUGAAUUUCUUUUCAUUCAGCCCAACUCUACUAAGGUACAACUGAAGGGCAACAUGUCCUUUUUUUUUCCUUUUUGAGUGUGUAGACAUGCGAGAAUGUGUGACAGAAGGACGCCAUGACUGCGCGUGUGUGCAUGUGUGCUUUAUAAAUGCUUUUCACACACUUUAAGAAAAAAAAUGCAACUCAUUGCGUGAGCUAUACAUCUUCAGGACUUGUUUUGGGAUUGGGCUUUUUUAAAUAAAAAAAAUGCAUUAAGCUUAUUGUAAAAUAUAGAUGUAUGAAUGUAAAAUAAAAGUAUUGGAUUUCUAUGUCUAA